AUGCCAUUAGAUGCAGCCCAGGCCCUUCAAAACCAUAGACCAAAUCCAGGCCCAUCUCCUUCUUUGUCCACCAAUUACAAAUCCGGGCUCGGCUCUCAAAGCCCAUCUUCACUCGUCUCGCUCUUCACCACGUCUAUCUCCGUCGCCUGCUCCGCCAUCAAGUCCUCAAUCGAGCUGUCCACCAUCUGCAGCACCAUUGACGGCUUGAAUUCCCCCCAACCAGAGCAAGCUCUUCUCGAAGGAGCUGAGCCAGGUGGUGAAAACAAGACGAAAAGGACCAGAGAGGAGAUUGGAGUAGGGAAGAGAUAUGCCGUUGGGGUGGUGGUGGUGCAUCAUCAUCGGAACAAUGUCGUCUUGCGAUGGUCGUCUUCGUCGUUGAUGGGCCUGCAAUUCCAAUUGCAGAUGAGUUGGCAGCCGAGUCUACUGAGUCAGAAGCGCAAGAAUGGCAUGCCGCCUCUAGGGUUACGCAACCUCGGCAACUCUUGCCACCUCAACAGCGUCCUCCAAUGCCUCACCUACACCCCUCAUCUCGCCAAUUUCUGCCUCCGCAAACUCCACACCUCUCUCUGUGACUCUUCGGAUGCGGAGCGGAAGCGCGACUGUCCCUUUUGCAUUAUGGAGAAGCGGAUAGUGCGCUUGCUGAGUCUGGAUCUCAGUCUGGAUGCGCCGCAGAAGAUACAGAACUGUCUUGGGAUUUUUGCCGAACACUUUCGGGGCGGUCGACAGGAGGACACUCAUGAGUUCCUGCGCUACGUCAUUGAUGCUUGCCACAACACCUGCCUUCGGCUCAUGAAGCUGCGGUGCAAUGCCACUGCCAGCGGAAAGGCUGCCAACGGCAAUAUGGCCAACCGCAUAGGCAAUGGAGAGGCGGUAACAUCGACGGCGGAGGUGGAGAUCUGGGUAGAGUGCAGGCCGGAGAGAUGGGUCGGGUCGCAAAGCAGAGUUUGGGGCCUGGGAUUGUUCUGA